UUUCCCGGUCAGGCGGCCUGCGGACACCUAAGCCCGCUCCGUGUGUGACGUGUAGGACCUCCUCCUCCGACACACAGCAGCAGUAAUGGCGGACUACGACAGCUACGAUGACCGGGACCGGGCCUACGGCAGCUUCGGCGGCGGCAGAGGGCCCCGUGGCGGCUCUGGCCCUGGAGGCCCCGGUGGUCCCAAGAAGCAGAAGGAGCUGCCGUCAGAGCCUCCGUUCACAGCGUUCGUGGGAAACCUGCCGUUCUACGCGGUUCAAGGAGACAUCGACAUAAUCUUCAAAGAGCUCAAGCUUCGCAGCGUCCGAUUGGUUAGAGACAAAGAGACAGACAAGUUUAAAGGUUUUUGUUAUGUGGAGUUUGAAGACCUGGAAUCUCUAAAAGAAGCUCUGACGUAUGACGGUGCUCUGCUGGGUGAGAGAUCACUGAGGGUAGACAUCGCAGAGGGACGAAGGCAAGAACGAGGAGGCAGCUCCGGCUACGGCUCCGGCUUCAGGAAAGACGAAGGCAGAGGUACGGGCAACCAAUCCCCACCAGGAAGUCGAGGUUUUCGAUCUGCUCCCAGAGGAGGCGCAGGAGGAGGACAGGACUCCAGUGAGGAUUUCAGCGACCAACCAGGAGGACGUGCAGUCAGAGAGUCCAGCGGCUCAGGUUUUAGAGAUGAUGAUUACAUGGGGGGGCGGGGUCGAGGUGGAAGCGGUCGCCCUGGUGAGAGAAGGGGUGGUGGUGGAGGACCAGGAGCAGGACCAGGAGCGGGACCGGGAGCGGGACCGGGAGCGGGAGCAGCAGGAGGAGGACCAGGUCGCUUCAGAGACGCUCCUCCCCGUGGAGGAACGCCAGACUUCAGAGAACCAUCUGAAGAGGAGCGUGCACAGCGGCCUCGGCUGCAGCUGAAGCCUCGGACUGUCUCUCUGCCACUCAACCAGGUCGCCAACCCAAACUCGGCCAUCUUCGGUGGAGCCAAGCCACGAGAGGAGGUGAUCUCAAGAGAAAAACCUUAAGAGACUGAAGGCUGCAGGGGGAGGGAGAGAGAGAGGAGGGUUUAGAGUGAGUGAAUAGAGAACGUGGAUGAAUGAACAGGAUGAGAUUAAACGCCACAGUUAGCAUUCCUUCCUCACAGACGGACAGUGAGGACGCCGUCCUCCCUCUCCUCUCUUUCUUCUUCUCCCCUCCUCUCUUUCUUCUUCUUCCUGUUUGAGUUUAGUUUCUGCAGAAUAUUUAUUCUAAGUCAGAAUAAAGACGAAACACUGAUGAGUAAUAAACCUGUAAACACACAACGAGCAGCUUGUGAAUGCAUGUCCCAACUUUGGGUUUCUCUGCGACGCCCCCCUCAUCACCGCUUACUGUGAUGUCAUACCUGCUUCAUCCAGUAGCCCCGCCCAUCCCCCUCCUCAAAACUCGUUACGUUUUUCUCUCCCACAGAACGAAACCCAGAGGUUAAGUUUGAAGCAUUAUGUAGUAGCCCCGCCCCGCCCUGAUUGUUUGCAGUCAUUUUUUCUUCUCCACUGUUGCUUGUUGCCGUGGAGACAUCACUCAGGUGUUCCAGCUUUGAUCCAAACAGUCUUCAUACUUUCCUCUGUGUCGUUUCAUCAUCUGUGGUCCCUGUGUGGGCGGGGUUUCACCCGUGUCACCGUAGCCUGCUCUCGACCACCUCAGCCCCGCCCCCACUCGUAUCAGCUUGUCUUCUUUCAAACGGACACCUGAUGCUUCAGCAUGAUCUGUUCUGUUCCCAUGAUGCACUGGUGGUAGUUGACGCCUUUGUUGUUGAUCAGUCCAGCAUGAGACCUAGUGCUGCGUUCAGUUUCUGUGGGAUUUUCUUCCAUUUGGCAACCUAAUUACUGUUGCUGUGCCGCUGCAUUCAGUUGCUGAGGAAAAAAGCAAUCUGACAAAUAUUCACAUUUCAAAACCAGUGACAACCAAGUUUGUCUGGAAACCAAAGAGUCUGACAUAUUGUAUUGUGUCCCACACACCCUGAAGGUGUAGCCAGUCAUGGCUUCUCUGAUUGGUUGUCUCGAGCUGAUGGGUAAUCCAGACUAUUUUGAUGGAUGAGUUCUUCGUUGUUACAGAACCUGUUCAGUUCAAUGCGAUUCAUGGUGUCCACACUGAACGCUGCUCACGAAGAAGUUUCCAUUGAUCCACAUUGAAAACUUCACUUGAAGUGGAUUCAUCUGAAAAAACAGAUGAUGGGGGGAAAAGAAGUGAACAAACAGAAAACGAGACUCUUUGUUCUUUCCUCUCCCCCCCUCCCCCUAUUUUGCCCCUAUGAUGCCAAAGCACCUUUUUCCACUGUUCAAAAACAGAAAUAUUAUUUGAUAGAGAAAUGGAGAUAAAGAGAGGAUGCAAAUAUUUAAAAGGAAAAGCCUCGUUUUCUUCCUUUUUAAUACAUUUUGUCUCUUUUCAUUCUUCUUCUGUUCUUUUAUCCCUCAUUGGUUUUUCUUUUCAUUGUCUGAUGUAAUGUUAAUUGUCUCCUCUUUGUUCCUGUCUUGCCCAACCUCUCACAGGGCACCAAUCCUGGUUCGGUCAGUCUGUGUGUGGAGUUUGCAUGUUCUCCCGCGGUGGGUUUUCUCCGGCUUCCUCCCACAGUCCGAACAAACAGAUUUGUGUUAGUUUAAUUGGAGACUCUAAAUUGACUGUAUUAUUGAAUGGGAGUGUAAAUGUCUGUGUGUUGGCCCUGUGGUCCACUGGCGACCUGUCCAGGGUGAACCUCGCUUUUCAACCAAUAUCAGCUGGGAAUGGUUCCAUCUCCCUGGAACCAAGGAAUAGGUCUUCUAGAUAAGGGAUGGAUGGAUGUUCCUGUCUUUCCUCAUGUGUCUGAUUUCUCUCCUUUAUUCUCCCCUAUUUUUGAUUGACCAAAAAUUUCAUAGAAAAGUAUUUACAGAAGGGAAGAAUGAAUGAACAGAAAAGGGGGGAACUACUAGAAAAGAGAUAGUAUGAAAAAAUGUUUUUCUUCCCUAAUUUCAUUUUUUCCCUUUGCUUUUUGCUCCCAUUUCUUCACCUCUUUCUGUUUCCAAUCUCUCCACUGUUCUUCAUCUGUCUUUGUUUACAGCAAUGAGUCAUUUAAACCACCUCCUGACAUUCUCCUGGCCAGACGGUGGCGCUAACGUGACGUGUUUCAACA